AUGGAGCCGGUUUUGAUGAAGAGGAAGCCGCCAAACAGAGUAUUCCCUGCAGAUGUGAAGGACUCUGUAAAAGACUGGAUACUACAAAAACAAAAACAUUUCAGUGUAAACCCAAUCAAGCAACUAGAAGACGAUUUAAAUGACAAUCAAUAUGUUACAGGCUCAUAUUCCUCAUUGUCCUCUCAUUCCGGCUCUAACUGGUUCGAACCUUUAGAAAAUAUUCUUUCUUCAGACUCUACCUCUUCACUCAGUUCCCCCAUUGAACCCACUAAUAUCAAGACAACGUGCAACCAAUUUAAAGAGGCACCAAUAUUUGAUCAAUUUAAUGAUUCCUUAGCUAUGCAAAAUAUUUCAGAAACCAAUGAAAAUCGGAAUUUUCUUGUUACAGAUACAAUGUUCUUAAAUAACGAAACAACAACUACUUCCCCUGUCUUUACAAAUGAAAUUAAAGAAGAGCCUAAGGAUUCCCAUUUGAAUGUUUUCUUGCAUCCUCAUAUGGAGAGUGUGGACCUAGCAAAUGAUAAAGACGAAUUCCAGAAAACAACUAAUUCUAAACCCAUGAGAAAACGAUUAACAUCAAAUCAAAAACAAGCUCACAAUAAAAUUGAAAAAAGAUAUAGAAUUAAUAUUAAUACCAAAAUUGCAAAAUUACAACAGAUUAUCCCAUGGGUAGCCUGUGAAAAACCUGCCUUUGAAGUAGGUGGCUCUUUAAAAAGAGAACAAGAAUUCAAAAAAAAUUCCGCUACAAGAUUAAAUAAAAGUAUGAUCUUGGAAAAAGCAGUGGAUUAUAUUCUUUAUUUACAAAACAACGAAAGUUUACAUCAACUGGAAGUUCAAAGACUAAGAAAUGAAGUAGAUUCUUUGAAAAGUAAAUCCAUGUGA